AACAACAAGUGCCGCAACCAUGUCUAGGAUGCAGUUGGCCGCCGUUGACAAAAAUGACAACGAUGGAAACUCUUCCGACACCACGAACAAUAACAACAAUAACUGCAACAACAACCGCGAUGGUCAAGUUCCUGAAAGUAUCAAGAAACGAUCUUCAAAGCUAGAUGCCGACACCUUUUUCCAAGAGGCGAUGGCGACCCCCGCGGACUGCGGAUCUCCCAUGGAGCUGCCACCGUGGUUCGACCUUGAGAAAUUUCAAAGGGGUCAGGAUUUCAUGAAGCGGAACAUUUUCACCUUUCUCUACACAAAACUUUCGGGCCUGGUGUGUCUGCUCGCGGUGCCGAGCAUCCUCAGGGUAUUGUGCUUUACGUCGCAAUCAGGAGAGCCGUGCUCUGCGUUCAAUAGAUACUUCUCCACCCUGAGCCACAUGAUGGAGUGGUACAACGGAGACCUGCUCGAGCCGGGAUCUAAGGCCUAUGAGUCACUGAAGCUGAUCCGCAGCAGACACGCAGCAGCGGCCAAACGGUCGCGCAAAGCCGGACUCGGUCUAAUGUCGCAGUUUGACAUGAUCGUCACGCAGUUCGGCUUUAUGGGUUUCGCCAUCCUGCAUCCCAACUUUUUCGCCCUGCACAGAGAGAAGCGCGAGGCCUGGGAAGGUGUCACUCACUUCUGGAGAACCGUUGGCUAUCUGCUCGGGAUCGAUGACAGGUUCAACCUAUGCACGGGCAGCCUGGAAGAGACCAAGUCGUUGUGUCUUGCCAUCCAGGACAAGGUUGUGUCACCAGGGAUGAAGAAUCCGCCGGCCAAGUUCAAGGUGAUGGCCCACUCGCUGCUCACUGGCAUGCAGUGCACCAUUCCGUCGCUCGGCUUUGAGAUCAAGAUCAAAAUGAUCAUGGAGGACCUGCUGGGCCUGCCGUGCGACCUCAAGAUGGACUUCAGCUCCAGGCUCACCCUGAUGGUGGAGCGGCUCACCUUCUCCACCCUGCUGAGGACACGCUGGUUGGCCUUCGUUUUCAGGCCCAUUUUCAACGGGCUGGUCCGACUGGCGCUCUACAUCAGCGCACGCUUCCCGUUCAUUGCAUAUUGGCGUUACGGAAAGAGAAACAUCCAUUUCCAUUGAUUUCAAAUAAUCAAUAUUUUCCUGGGAUUGCUCAAGCUAGCUGCCUUUGUGGCGUGGAAACGGGCUGAUUUUAAAUGUAAGAACGCCAAAUUCGGACUUUCUCAAAGUUGGAGAGGUCCUUGCUUAACAGAGUAUUUUAUGGUGAGAUAGUAUUUAUAUUUUACAUCAAAUCGAGCUUAAUUUCAUGUGAACUUUAAGGGAAACCGACAGAGUAAAAAGUAGCUGUAUUUUUAUAUUAAAGUUUACAAUUAAGACA